AUGUCAAUAACGAUAGAAGAUAUACCAAACCUCUUACUAGAGACCAAUAAAUAUAAUUAUUUAUCAGAAUUAUUAACAUUAGAUCAAUCAAUAUCGUCAUCAUCAUCAUCAUUGUCGUCGUCAUUGUCGUCGUCAUUGUCGUCGUCGUCAUCAUACACUAACCUAACCAUUCAUCAACAACAAUUAUUUAAUACAUUAGAAUUAUUUACAUUUGGUAAUUAUCAACAAUAUUUAAAAUAUAAAGAGAAAUAUAUUGAUCUAGAUGAAUCUUUAUUGCGUAAAUUAUUGGAAUUGACUUUAAUUACUAUAGAUUUUGAAAAUAUUAAUCAAAUUAUAAAUUAUCAAGAUAUUAAAAAUCAUUAUGGUAUAGAAAUUAAUAAUAAUAAUAAUAACAACAACAACAGCAAUUCAGGGAUGAUUAUUUCAUUAAUAAUUAAAUUAAAUUUUCAAAAUUUGAUCAAUAUAAAAAUCAAUGAUGUGGAAAAGAAAUUAAUCAUCAAUGGUGGUGGUAAUGGUGGGGGGKGGAGAUCACAAUAUUAA